CCUUUGGGAGGGCGCCUGAGGCAGAAAGGGCGGGUGGGAACCUUUUUCUUUUUCUCUUUCAGGCCAAGGUUGUCGAGGGGACCCGUUUUGGUGGGACGCCGGGAUGGCGGCCUCUCUUCUAAUCCUUACAGGCCGGGUCGCUGCGUUCAAGACUUUACCACUUCAAGCAUGGGGACUUAGAAAUCUACCUACUGUUUCUCUCUGCACCAAACCAGGGGACUCUAAAAAAGCUUCCAAAAAAAAUAAAGGGGAGACCAUAAUUAACAGUAAACCUGAUGCAGCUGUACAAUUAGCAGAUGAAGAUCUGAGAAAAUUCUUGGCAAGGAAAACUUUGGUAACAUUUCCUCAAAGAGCAAAGCUUCCUUCUCUUGAGGGAGAGCCUGCUUUCUCCCCAGCAGGAGGCUUGAGUAAGAAAUCGGCAGAUGAAGAGUCAUCCUCUUCAAGCUCUGAAUCAGAUUCUAGCUCUGAUUCUGAAGAGGAAGACAACACUUUCAAGGAUACCAUCAAAACCAAAGUAUCAUUUCCAAGGCGAAAUAACAUCUCUUCUGAGGACCGAACAAUGAAGAUAACAAUAACAAGUGAAAAACACUUUCCCUCUGAACAAGUCAAGGAUAAAGUAUUGGAGAAGCUCCCAUACACAGAGACCCCAAUCAAACAAAAGCAGUUGUAUCAGACAAUAGCUGAUGACAAGCGGUUAAGAUCAGAUUUGGCAAAACGUACCACAAAACAAACACCUAAAGAGAGUCACUUAAAGAGCACAGAUUUGGGAACAAAAAUUGCAGAGAGUCAAAGGCCAACGGAGAGUCGAAAGCCAACAGAAGUUACAUCUAAGCGAUUGGAUGUCUCUCUCUCUGAAGCAGCUUCAAGUAGAUUGCCUGAAACUCAACCAAUGCCUCAGCAAAGUGUAGUACAAAACCUGACUUUGAGAGAGGAAGAAAGUGCGGCAAAGGAGUUACAAAAGACUGAAAUGCAAGAAAAAGCUGCUGUGCUACAAGAAGAGGUUUUGAAUGGCAAAAUGCCAGUGGUAGAAACCACGGUAAAGGAGGAGAUCGUCCUGGAUGCAGGAGUUCAGACUGAACAACAAAACACUAUACAGGAGACCAAGCCAUCAAUUGAAACUGCUCAAGAAACAUUUGACAAUUCUACCUACAAGAAUCUGCAGCAUCAUGAGUAUACACCAUACACCUUUGUGGAUUAUGAUGUUUUUCUCUCAAAACUCAGGCUGCCUCAGCCAUCGUCUGGGAGAUUAUCUCCUAGUCACUGAAUUGCAUGUGGAAACACAUGAAUGAAUAAACUAAUUCUUAACAAUGAA